UGAUAGGUGGUGGACGGGCGAAGUGAUAGAAAACUCAUUUAAUUCCAUUCUUUCUAUUCAUAUUUGUGUAAUUUAAAUAAGAUUGAACAAAUUCAUUUCGUAAAAUAAUCCUCAGACUGUGCAUUUACGUUGAAAGUGUCGGACGCGUAGAUAAAAAUGGCUGAUUUUCUAGAAUCAGAAGCUGAGGAGAGCGAGGUUGAAUCCGAUGACGAGCAACCAGCAGAGCGCAAAAAGCCGAAGCGUAAAGCUGCAGUCCAAAGUGAUGAUGAAGAGGAAGAUGAAGAAGAUGAUGAGGAUAGACUCCGAGAAGAGUUAAAAGAUUUGAUAGAUGACGCACCUAUAGACGAGGACAGUGACGGGGAGGACUCAGAUGCAAGCGCAGGACCAAAAAAGAGAAAAAAAAGUGACGAUGAACUGGAUGAUAGGCUAGAGGAUGAAGAUUAUGAUCUCAUUGAAGAGAAUCUUGGUGUAAAAGUUGCUAGGAAUAAAUUCAAGCGUCUGCGCCGAUUGGAAGAUGAUGACAGUGACAAUGAAGGAGCCGAUGACCCUGAGCUGGAGAGAGAAGUCAUCGCCGAGAAGCUAUUUGUUGCUGGAUCUGAUGAGGAGGAUGACCACCGUUCCGAAUCUGCAGCUCCCCGGGAAGUGGAAUACGACGAAGAAGGGGAGGAGGGAGAAUCGGACGCCGACGAUUUCAUCGUCGACGACGACGGCAAGCCCAUCGCUAAGAAGAAACGGAAACCUAUAUUUACUGACGCGUCUCUACAAGAAGGGCAGGACAUAUUCGGCGUGGACUUCGACUACGAUGAGUUCGAGAAGUAUGGCGAUGAGGAUUCGGAGGAGGAUGAGGAGGAGGACUUGGACCAGUACAUCUCUGACGAUGAGGAGGAAGGUGAAAGGAAACGCACAAAGAAAGGCAAGGCCAAGCGUCCAAGCAAGAAGUCCAUCUUCGAAAUUUAUGAGCCUAGUGAACUCAAGAGGAGCCACUUCACAGACCUGGAUAAUGAGAUCCGAAAAACCGACAUUCCGGAGCGCAUGCAAAUCCGCGAGGUGCCCAUCACACCUGUGGCCGAAGGCAGCUCUGAACUAGAAGACGAGGCCGAAUGGAUAUACAAGCAGGCGUUCUGUAAACCACCCGUCUCUAAAGCAGACUCACAGGAAUCUAGGGAGAGGACUCGAAGGGGCCCAAGCACAGUGGUGAAGAUCCGCCAGGCGCUCGACUUCAUGAGGAAUCAGACGCUAGAGGUUCCGUUCAUAGCGUUUUAUCGAAAGGAGUACGUGCAGCCGGAGCUCAGUAUCAAUGAUCUUUGGAAGGUGUACAAGUAUGAUGCUAAGUGGUGCCAGCUAAAACAACGCAAAGAGAACCUGCUGAAACUUUUGGAGAACAUGCGAGAGUUCCAGCUUGACAAAGUGAUGCAGAAUCCGGACGCUCCCAUCCCUGAGAACAUGAGGCUCAUCAAGGACGAGGAUAUUGACAGGCGCGCAGCUCGCGCGGAGGCCGAACGGAACGGCGAGGAUCCUGAAGAGGCCGCCGCUAGCGUUGAGGCCAUGCCUGACGAAGAGGACACUAUUGAAGUGAAGUACGCAGCACGCUCUGGGCCUUAUGAACUGUGCCGUCGCGCUGGCAUCGAUGGCCUCGUCAAGAUGUUUGGACUGACGCCUGAGCAGUUUGCGGAGAACGUGCGAGACAACUACCAGAGGCACGAGGUGGAACAACAGCCCAUACCACCGCUAGAGGCCGCUGCACCUUUCGUGGGCGCCAGCGGCUCAGCGCAAGAAGUCCUACGACGGGCGGUAUACAUGUGCGGGGUACAGCUAGCACGAGAGCCGCAGCUCAGAGGAACAUUGCGAGACGCGCUUCGUGAGAGAGCUACUGUCUCUGCGAAGCCUACGGCAAGAGGACUUAAGGAAAUCGAUGAGAGCCACGCUUGUUAUACCAUGAAAUACCUGAAGAAAAAGCCGGUUCGUGACCUGACGGGCGACCAGUUCCUGCGACUGACGAUGGCGGCUGAAGACAAAUUGUUGGAGCUGACCAUCACUGAGAACAUUGAGGGAAAUACCGGCCCCAACUAUCUUGAGGAGCUCAAGAACUUGUAUCAGAAGGACGAGUUCGCGGCAACAGUGCAGGCAUGGAACGAACUUCGUGCUGAGGCGGUCACCAUCGCCUUCUCUAAAAUAGUAAUGCCUGAGAUGCGACGCGAGCUUAACGCCGUUUUGCUGCAGGAGUCUAAGGAAUAUGUGCUCAAGUGCUGUAGGCGUAAACUGUACGACUGGUUGAAAGUGGCUCCGUACGAGUCGAGGGUUUCUGAUGACGAUGAUGAAGAAUGGGACACUAAUAACGGUCUACGAGUUCUCUCCAUCGCAUACGUGCCCGACCGUCAGCACUCGGCGUUCGCGUGCCUCUGUGCUGGCGGCGGCGAGGUGGCGGACCACCUGCGGUUACCACAUUUAUUGUAUCGGCGUAACGCCUGGGAUGCUAUGGAGCGACUGAAUAAGGAGGCCGACAUGACUGCACUAAGAAGAUUCAUCUUGCGCAAGAAACCUCACGUGAUCGUGAUCGGCGGCGAAUCCCGCGAAGCUUUGAACAUCAAAGCGGACGUUAUAGAGGUGGUGCAACAGCUUGUGGAAGACGAGCAGUUCCCUCGCAUACCCGUGGAGAUCGCCGACAACCACAUCAGCAAGAUCUACAGCAACAGUCUGCGCGGACGGAACGACUUCAGAGAGUACCCCGAAAUCCUACGCGAAGCUAUCUGCCAAGCGCGUCUACUCCAAGAUCCGCUAAUGGAGAUCUCUACUCUCUGUGGUCACGACGAGGAGAUACUGUGCUUCCGGUACCAUCCGCUGCAGGACCAGAUCACCAAGGAGGACCUGCUUGAGGGCAUCGAACUGGAGUUUGUCAACAGGGUGAACGAAGUCGGUGUUGACGUAAACGAGGCAAUCCUAACAGGCAGAGGUACAGAACUGCUCCAGUUCGUAUGUGGCCUGGGACCAAGGAAAGCCCAAGCCCUGAUCAAACUCUUCAAACAAACCAACCAGAAGCUAGAGAACAGAACGCAGCUUGUCACAUUCUGCCACAUGGGACCCAAAGUCUUCAUCAACUGCUCCGGUUUCAUCAAAAUUGACACGAGCAGCUUAGGAGACAGCACAGAAGCGUACAUAGAAGUUCUAGACGGUUCCAGAGUCCAUCCAGAAACUUACGAGUGGGCGCGGAAAAUGGCGGUAGACGCUUUAGAAUACGAAGACGAAGAUGCCAACCCUGCUGGUGCUUUAGAAGAGAUUUUAGAAGCCCCUGAGAGGCUAAAAGAUCUUGACUUAGACGCGUUCGCAGAAGAGUUAGAACGACAAGGCUUUGGUAACAAGAGUAUAACCCUAUAUGACAUACGAGCAGAAUUAAACUCUAGGUACAAAGACCUUCGGGUGCCUUACCGCUCGCCAACGCCUGAGGAACUGUUCGACAUCUUGACUAAAGAAUCCCCUGAAUCGUUCUUCGUGGGUAAAAUGGUGCUGGCGUCAGUUGUGGGCAUCACGCAUAGGAAACCACAAAGGGAAAUGCUUGAUCAGGCUAACCCAGUGAGGAAUGACGAGACUGGGCUCUGGGAGUGUCCGUUCUGUCAUAAAAACGAUUUCCCGGAGUUAUCAGAGGUGUGGAAUCAUUUCGACGCAGGCGCUUGCCCGGGCCAAGCCACCGGCGUCCGCAUCCGCCUCGACAACGGCCUAUCCGGCUACAUCCACAUAAAGAACCUCUCAGACAGACACGUGGCGGACCCGACCGAACGUGUGCGAAUCGGCCAGACCGUACACUGUAGGAUAUUAAAGAUAGACGUGGAAAGAUUCUCUGUGGAUUGCUCGAGUAAAUCUUCAGACUUGUUGGAUAAGAAUAACGAAUGGAGACCAUCAAAAGACCCAUACUACGACCAAGAAGCCGAAGACAAGGACGUGCGCAAAGACAAGGAGACGAAACAAACGAAAGAGCGCAUGCAAUACGUGAAGAGAGUCAUCGUGCACCCGGCCUUCCACAACAUCUCGUUCGCCGAGGCCGAGAAACUUAUGGAGAACUUAGCGCAGGGAGAGGUUAUAGUGCGGCCUAGUAGCAAGGGGUCUGACCAUCUCACAGUUACGUGGAAGGUAGCCGAUGGAAUCUGUCAACACAUUGACGUUCGGGAGGAGGGCAAAGAAAAUGCAUUCUCAUUAGGUCGAAGUCUUUGGAUCCAAGGCUCCGAAUUCGAAGACUUGGACGAAAUCAUCGCGCGCUACGUCACGCCCAUGGCCGGGCACGCGCGCGACCUCAUCGCCUACAAGUACUACAAGCCCCUCGGCGGCAUGCGGGACAAGGCCGAGGAGAUACUCAAGGAGGAGAAGGCUAAGAACCCCAACAAGAUACACUACGUCAUAUCGGCGGCCAAGAACCAUCCGGGUAGAUUCCUCCUCUCUUACCUACCCCGCGCGCGCUGCACGCACGAAUACGUGUCGGUCAUCCCGGACGGCUACAAAUUCAGGCAGAGGAUGUUCGACUCGCUAGGCGGGCUGCUCAAAUGGUUCAAGGAGCACUUCAGGGACCCCCCGCCCCACGGCACGCCCGCGGCGCGCACGCCGGCCAUGCGCACGCCGCACGGCAUGUCCUCCCUCUACCACACGCCCGCCGCGCACACGCCCGCCUUCCACACGCCCGCGCACACGCCCGGGCCCGCCUACAUCAACACGCCCUACACGCCCUCCGCGCAGACGCCCUACAUGACGCCCUUCGCCACCACGCCGCGCCAGCCCGACUUCCUCACGCCGGCCGCUCUACCCCGCCACAAGCCGGCGCCGGCGCCCGUGGCCGUGUACCAGGAGCCCUCCGACUGGCAGAAGGCGGCCGAGGACUGGGUGCGCCACCGCUCCGUGCGCGACACGCCCGCCACGCCGCGCAGCGACGGGCUCUCCACGCCGCGCCAGCCCGCGCGCACGCCGCGCCCGGACUCGCGCUCCACGCCGCGCACGCCGCGCCACGACGCGCGCUCCACGCCGCGCUCGCACUCGCACGCGCACUCGCACUCGGGCCGCCAGUCGCGCGCGCACUCGCUGCGCUCCACGCCGCAGACCAACACGUCGCCGCGCUCCAUGUCGCUCGGCGAUGCCACCCCGCUCUACGACGAGAACUAGCCGAAGACUGCUUAAUCUAAGGAUGUAUUUUUAUUUUUGUACCGCGGCCGCCGAGGCGCCUCCCCGCGUCGGCACGUCUGCGAGGGAACGAUCUUUCGACGCCUCGAAACUCGCGUUUCGUUCUCCCGGUGUACUGGAGUGGUCGUUGUCUCGCGACGCUGAGGAACGUCGACGAAUUAGUAUGAUUACGAAUGAAAUGUUAAACAUUUAUAGCUAAUUAUGUGUAUCUAAUGAGAUGAAUUAAUCCUAGUCUUUAAAGUUUCGAAGAUUUAAGCUCGACGAGUCGUUUUUCUUAACUUGUAUAGACGAACACUUUAUCCCGUUAAUACCGCCAACGGGUCCGUUAUGAAAGCUCCUUAAUCCGGCACUAGAGAAUGGGUAUUUUAUAUAUCUAAAUGUCGCUGACGAUUGUAAUUAUCAUAAUUAUUUAUUAUUUCUGAAAUCCAAGGAUUGUGCUAGUUAAUAUUAUCUUUAAUUAUGUUUCUUUACCGAGUAAAGUUGGUAAUUAUCUGACAGUUGGUAGUCUGGAGUUGUGAUUAUAUAAGUAUAUGAAUUCUUUACCAUCAUAUUGUUUCAGAUUAUCACAAUUACUUCGUGUCGAAUUAUAUCAAAAUUGCCUAAAUUGUUCUACAAUACGAAUAAAUACCGUUUUAAUCAUAAUCUUAGGAGAGCAGUCUUUUACAAAAGAACUUCUUAUCUUUACCUAAAUCUCCAAAAGUCAGCAAUUCAAUAUGCACCUCUAAUUCUUCUCUAACAAUUUUAUUUUUACCAUUCUGAUACAAUUUGUUUAACAAAUUGUGUAGAUUUGGGCAAGUUUGAUAUGCAUCGACCGACAAGUAUUGGCCAAUAUUGACAUGAAAAACUAUUUAGUAUCUAAGAAAUUAAGUUUAGAGCUCGCGAAGUAACCCGUAUACAAAUGCCUUCGAGAUGGUUAGUGACAUUGUUAAGGGUGUUCGCACACUUGGGUCACCAUCUCGUACCAGGUAAAAGUGUGUGGACGCCCUAAUCACAGCUGUUCUCAAUGAUACUUGAAUAAACGUUGACAAGGACAA